AUGACCCCGAACAACACCGGAGACAUGGAUGAUGUCUUACCAAAAGAGCAAGCGAUGCAUGUUGAGGAUAACUCGAGACCUGAAAUAUCUCGAGAGCACCGCGAAUAUCUGCUUCGGCGUCAUGGAACGCUUAAGUUAAAUCCCUUGCCAUCGGAUGACCGGGCUGAUCCUUUAAACUGGCCCAGCUGGAAGAAACAUACCACCUUGCUGCUGGUGGCAUUUCACUCCUUCAUGGCCAAUUUCAUUGGAGCUGGCGUGAUUCCUGCCUAUGACACCUUCGCCGAUAUAUUCGAUGUGUCAGUUCAGGAUGCCAGUUAUUAUACAUCUGUUGUGAUUCUUUUCACUGGCAUCACCCCGCUAUUCUGGAAACCUCUCUCAGACCGGUUUGGCCGUCGUCCCGUGUGGCUAGUGUCAACCCUGGGUGCUUUGAUAUGCAACGUCGGUUGCGCGAAGUGCACUAGCUACGGAACUAUGAUGCUGUGUCGUAUCUUGACUGCCACUUUCAUCAGUCCUCCCCUUGCUAUUGGGACUGCUGUUGUAAUGGAGGUAUUUUUUCAACAUGAGCGUGGUCGGAAAAUGGGAAUUUGGGCACUCUUUGUCACACUCGGUCCUCCAUGCGGCCCAUUUGUAAUGGGAUUCGUCACCUACCAUAUCGGAUGGCAAUGGAUGUACUGGAUCUUCGCAAUAAUCAACGCUCUCCAAUUUAUUCUUUAUCUGUUUCUCGGCCCCGAAACUCGUUAUAUGCGUCACCACCCUUUGGGCGUAUCCCAAACCCAAGUCGAAUACCUACACUUUCGUCGUAUCGACCCAAAACCCUUUACUCUGUUUGAGUUCUACCAACCUAUCUUAUUAGUACGAUACCUCGAAAUCAUGACACCUGUGGUUAGCUACGCUAUGGUGUUCGGCUUCUGUUCUGUCAUGAGCACUGUCGAGAUUCCGGGGCUUUUAGGACUGAAGUUCGGCUUCAACUCACAAGAAAUCGGAUUGCAGUUCCUCGGAGUCAUUAUCGGGACCCUAACGGGUGAGCUAAUGGGUGGGAAUCUUUCUGAUCUAGUUAUGCGAUGUGGCGCCAAAGCCCGAGGGGGUCGUCUCCCCCCUCUCGAGUUCCGAUUAUGGGGGAGCUAUUUAGGAUAUUUAUGUGCAAUAAUUGGUGUAACGGUGUUUUGUGUGCAGUUGGAUCGUGCACCACCGAUGCAUUGGAACGUAACUUUCAUCAUUGGUCUUGGGAUUGCUGCAUUUGGUAACCAAGUCAUCACCACAGUUUUGAUCAUCUACUGUAUAGACUGCCAUCCGGACCAAUCCGCCUCUAUUGGCGUCUUCGUCAGUCUCGUACGCCAAUUAUGGGGCUUCCUGGGUCCCUUCUGGUACCCGGACAUGUUCGCCACCCUCGGAUUACGCGGUUCUGCGGGCCUCAUGGUUAGUCUUAUCAUUGCAGUAGCUAUUAUUCCGGUAGCACUGCUGCAUUGGAAAGGUGGAAGCCAUCGUGAGCAAAAUGAGGAUUAA